UUCGACUGUACAGAAUCCGCGACAUUCCACCGCCACCACCGCAAAAAUGUGGCCCUUCGAUGCAAUCGACUGGCUCAUGCUCCUGGUCCCCAUCGCCUAUCUCUUUAUUCUCGUAGGAUCUUUGUACACUUUCAGUUCCAUCUACCGCAAACGAACCGCCGCGAAGGCCGCCUCUCUGGAGCCAUGGUUUCCUCCCCACAUCCAGCGCAACAUCUAUUUGUCGCUUCUGCACCAAGAAGAUCCAAAAUGCCCCGAUAGCAUCCUGAAAGCAGCGCUCUUGCGUCGCGCGACCGAGGACAUCACGCGCAUCAUGGCGAUCCGAAACGCAAAGCAGGCGCUGCAGGUGUUGCUGCAAAGGGGCAGCGUGGGCGACGACUUGUGGCAGCGAUUCCAGCGCGCUGAAAAGGAGAUCGAGGAUGAGCUAAGAGAUGUUGUUACUGAGGCCAACGCUUUUGCUCCUAACUGGGGUCAAACCAUCUUUCAAUCUGCCUCGGAAAUGCUGCAAAACGACCAAAUCCGUGAGCGCGUCACAGACAUCCUGGGCACUGCUCAAGCCGAGAAAGCAUGGUGGGACCAACGCAAGUCGCAGAUCCAGACAGAAUUCAUGAAGGAAUUGGAUGAGGAGAAAAUGAAGAGCCCAACUGCCUCAAGCGUGGCGGGCAGCGUUACUGGGAGUGUUGCUGGUAGCGAGGAUGCGGUUUUGGUUGAGGGUGGCGGGCCUGCAGAAAAGACAGGCAAGGGCAAGAAGAAGAAGAGCAAGAACUAG